UAUAAAACAAAAUGUUUGUUAAUCGUAAGAAAAUAUGUGUGAUACUUCAAUUACUCUUGUCCACGAGUAUAAUAUUUAUAUUCAUUGUGAUCGUUCACGUCAAAAAGUCAUUCAGUCUUGUAUCAAUGGAUAAAGUCACUCCAGUAAAGGAUGCGUUUGGAUUUGUAAAUGAUGGACACCAUUUUAACAAAAGUACUAAUGCUAACACAAAUAACGUCGGAUCAUUUAACUUGGAUUUAAGGAUAAUCGUGAUAACAUAUAAUCGUCCCGUGUCAUUGCUCCGAUGUCUUAAAUCUCUCAACGACGUCGAUUAUAUCGGACACAGGGUCAAAUUAGAUAUAUUCAUAGACCGAUCGUCAAAAUCCAAAGCAGUUAGCCAAAUAACAUAUUCGAUUGCAAAGGCGUUUUCUUUUUUGCAUGGCAAGAAAACGGUGAAUGUUCACAAAAAGCACGUUGGGUUGUAUGGACAGUGGUUGGAAACAUGGCGACCUACAGAAGACAAUAAAGAGAUUGCGGUUAUAUUGGAGGAUGAUAUAACUGUCAGUCCAUUCUUCUAUGAAUGGCUCCGAGCUGCGCAUGCGCAAUAUGAUGCAAGGACUGAUGUAAGCGGUUAUGCCCUUGCCAACGUCAAUCAGCUAGCAGCAGCCCCGGGUGGUAUCGUCGUUCCUCUCAAUUACACAGCAUACAUCUAUCCGAUCCUUGGAUCAUGGGGAUUCUCCCCACACAGGGACAGAUGGCGGGAAUUCCUUGCAUGGUACGAUUCGGCGUCCAUUGACGCAUCAUUUAACCCAUACGUGAAAGGCAUACGUCACACGGAGUGGUAUGAAUCGUUUCAAAAGACUAACUAUCAGAAAUCAAUGUGGUCAAUGUGGCAUAUUUAUUUCAGCCAUAUACACAAAUUAUAUUGCGUAUUCCCAAAUUUGCCCGAUCAUUAUAUGUUUGCCCGGAACCAUCAAGACCGAGGAUUUCAUUAUUCAGGAAAUGUUAAAGCCGAUCAAGUUGAUAAACUUGUUUCAAAUUUGAACUGGAACCCCGAUAUUUUGAAAAUGCCAAAGAAUCCAAUCAAAGUAGACUACUAUGGUCACAUAUCAGUAGGUUAAUUACCUACAUUUUGCCGUUUGAGAAGCUACCCCGUCGUUUCUUUCCGCAUAAUCCACCAUUUAGUUAAGACUUUAUGUCGGAAGAUUAUUACAAGGCAUUUUUAUAAUUCCUAUUUAAUUCCUUUAAUCAGACAUUAAUUCAUCUGCUGAUAUAACAGUUCGUGUUCUUAUGGCUCUUGGUAGUUGGUUGAGUAUCUUAGAUUAAGCCAUUAACACGUGGUAGGAACAAGGAACGUCUGCGCCAUGAGAUUACAUUUCACAAAGCGAUCAAUUGCAAGAAUUUCGCACGAUUCAUUUAUGAAUUUCGUUCGAAUAUUGUUCGAAAGCUGUUCAAAGCCUGUUCCUUAUACGAAGUUAUUGACAGCGACGUAAAUGACAUACACACCGAAUUUUAUUAUCACUUCUCAUCG